GCCCAGGAGCCCCGCCCCCAGCCAGCAGCAGUCUUGGGUUCCUGAUGCAGCCAUGGGCUCCAGGCUCCUCUGCUGUGUGACUCUCUGCCUCCUCGGAUCAGGUCUGGUGGAUUCUGGAGUCACCCAGACCCCCAAGUACCUGAUCAAAUCAAGAAAGCAGCAGUCGACUCUGAGAUGUUCCCCUGAAUCUGGACACCGCUCUGUGUACUGGUACCAACAGGCCCUGGGCCAGGGCCCCCAGUUCCUCAUUCAGUAUUAUGAUGGGAAAGAGUAUCUAAAAGGAAACAUAUCGGAUCGAUUCUCAGUAAAACAGUUGAGUGGCUCUCGCUCUGAGCUGAACUUGGGCUCCUUGGAGCUGACGGACUCCGCCCUGUAUCUCUGUGCCAGCAGCCAAGACACAGCCCUGCAUGAUCAGGUGCCUCUGGGACAAAAACACUCCUGCCCCAGCUCAGGAAGUGUGGUGAGCGUGACUGCCUGCCUUCCAGGCCUAGAUAGAUCCGAUGGUCUCUCCCAGAAAUUCUUCUUCUGCUGUGUUUUAAUGCUCCCAAAGAUCAUCCUAGGCCUGGUGGAUUCUGGAGUCACCCAGACCCCCAAAUACCUGAUCAAAUCAAGAAAGCAGAACGCGACUCUGAGAUGUUCCCCUGAAUCUGGACACCGCUCUGUGUACUGGUACCAACAGGCCCUGGGCCAGGGCCCCCAGUUCCUCGUUCAGUAUUACAAUACGAGAGUGAAUGAAAAAGGAAACCUUCCAGAUCGAUUCUUAGGUGAACAGUUCAGUGACUCUCGCUCGCAGAUGAACCUGAGCUCCUUGGAGCUGACAGACUCAGCCGUGUAUCUCUGUGCCAGCAGCAAAGACACAGCCCUGCAUGAUCAGGUGCCUCUGGUACAAAAACACUCCUGCCCCAGCUCAGGAAGUGGUUGUAGGGUGUGAACUGCCAGCCAGCGGGACCCAGGUGCUGGUGGAGUGGACAGCCUUUCCCAGACAUUCUUUCCUGGUAUGUCUCAAUGCUCACAAAGAUUUUGCAAGGGGCGGUCCACGCUGGUGUCACUCAGGACCCCAGAUUCCAGGUCGUGAGGACAGGACAGAGGACAACACUGAAAUGCACUCAGGAUUUGGGUCAUGACCGCAUGUACUGG